UCAGCUGCGUGUCUUUCUUCAUCAAUGGCAAUCUCUUCUCUCCGUUUCCCGCUCUCUCCAUGGCUGCUCCUCAAAACCCCAAAGCUAAAACCCUCCUUCAGAUUUUCAUUUCCAAUCCUACCCUCUUCAAGACACACUCAAUUACUACUCCUAUGCUCUUACUCUCAAUCUCCACCGUCCAUUUCUCCUCCCUUAACGGACUCAAACUCAAAUCAGUCCCUCCAUUCAAAAUGGGAAUCUAUUAGAAAGAAAAAGGUUGCUUUGCGGGUUGGCUAUGUGGGUACUGAUUAUAGAGGUCUUCAAAAGCAACAUGACCAGCAUUCAUUAUUGACUAUUGAAGGAGAAUUGGAACGUGCUAUAUAUGAGGCUGGUGGGAUUCGUGAAAGUAAUUAUGGCAAUUUGAAUAAAAUUUCGUGGGCUAGAAGUAGCCGGACAGACAAAGGAGUUCACUCAUUGGCAACAACUAUAACAAUGAAAAUGGAGAUACCGGAAAAUGCAUGGAAGGAUGACCUUUAUGGAAUGGUUCUUGCGAAACAUGUUAACUCUUAUCUCCCUGAUAGUAUUAGAGUUUUGAGCAUCUUACCAGCACAGAAGAGUUUUGAUCCCAGAAGGGAGUGUGAUAUACGGAAAUACUCUUAUCUCCUUCCUGCCGAAGUUAUUGGCAUCAAAAGUCACUUCAGCAUGGCUGAAAUUGAUGAUCACAUAUCAGACUUCAAUAACAUAUUAAAUGCAUUUGAGGGAGACCAUCCUUUUCAUAAUUAUACAGUACGGUCGAAGUACCGGAGAAAAUACCCAACAAAAAAUGGCCAUGUGUCAAAGAGAGCUAGAUCAUCUUGGGGGACAUCAGCCUCUGGAUCUGAGGAAAGUGAUGAUGAAGAAAAUUUGGAAAUUGAUGGAACAAGUUCAUCAGAUCAUGUGGAAUUGAGUCAGAACUCUUUGGAAUCCAGCAUUUGUGAUCUGAAUGGGGAUAUUUUGAAGGAUCAAAGUUCAAAUUUACCUCUUCGUGCAAGAUGGCUACAUGAACCUGACGAGACAGACAGAAUAGGUGCUGCCCACUUCAGAAAGAUUUUUCGUUGUUCUUGUGGAAAGCUGGAGAAAUCUCUUGGAUUUGAUUUUGUUGAGAUUUCUAUAUGGGGAGAGUCUUUCAUGUUACAUCAGAUCCGCAAAAUGGUAGGGACAGCUGUGGCUGUAAAGCGGAAGGUACUUCCAAGAGAUCUCAUAAUGUUGUCACUGACAAAGUUCUCAAGGAUUGUUCUACCCCUUGCUCCAUCUGAAGUUCUGAUUUUGAGGGGAAACGAUUUUUCCUUGAGAAAAAAAUCUGGUGAAGGGAAAAGGCCUGAAAUGGAGACAAUGGUCGAAUCAGAAGAGAUUCUCAGGGCUGUGAAUGAGUUCUAUUCUACUAUGAUGCUACCUCAAGUUUCAAAAUUCUUGGACCCUUGCAUGCCUCUCUGGAAGGAAUGGGUUGAGAAUUUGGACAAGUACACAAGCAUUCCUGAUGCACAAUUGGAUGAAGUCAGGAUUGCUCGGAAAGUCUGGAUGGAAAAUUUUAAGAUCAGGAAAAGCAUUGAAUCUGUUGUAAAUCAGUGAAACGGGGUAAAACACUUGUCAUCUGACUUGUGAUUUUUUUGACUGAUUUUCACCACCCGGUUUGUUGUUUGUCUGAUGUGUAACAGGGCGAAUUAUCUGUAAUGCCAGAGCCUCUCUGUUUCCCUGUCUGUACCCUGGUGAUUGGUUCUCACCAAUAAUAUGAAAUAACCAUUUGCAAGGUUGCUUGAGCAUGCACCUUACCAUUUUGAGACGCUGCUUCUUGACUGGUCAUCAAAAUACCCGGGUAAUAGCCAGUUUCUGUUCGUGAUGCUGGAUUAGAUUGUUCAGAUGAUCAAGUACUGACGCCACAGCACUGUGCUAAUGGCGGGGGAUCUCACACUAUGGUGGAUCGCCCUUGCAACUUCAAGCAUGAUAAAGUGGCAGAUGGUUGCUGGGUCCAACACGUCCUCAAUAUGGGGUGAGAUUGAAUAGGCUGAACAAGAAACUUCGCAAUCAAAAGUAAAGUGAUAGGGUUCUUGGCAGUUUUGGUGUCUUUUUGACCUUUAGCACAUGAGAUACUGGCUCAAAGCAUGCUGUAUCUUUCAUGCAUCAUGCAUAAAUAGUUUUAAACGUGUAAUUUCACAAAUGUUGGGAGUCUUUAUGCCAUGAUGAGUUUUGCGGUCU